GUAGUGUUACUCUUUCUCUAUUUAAGUAGACUACUAUUGCAAAUCCCUAAUCACUGAGCUAGCCAAUAGGAUGGGGAAUCAGGCACUGCUAUUCCUAUGUUUGCUUGCUCUCUUCUUUCUUCAAUCAAAUACAUUGGCAUCAAAAGCAGCCGGUUUUGAAGCCAGUUUGGAGCAUAGCUAUGAUCCAUGUAGUCCUCUUGGACCUCAACACUGGGGUACGCUGCAAGAAUCCUGGGCAAUGUGUGCAUCGAGACCUGAAGGAAUGCAAUCGCCCAUAAGUAUCAAACCCAGUAACAUCCACAACACACACUUGGGGAAAUUGCUCAAAUAUUACACUGAGGCCCCUGCACGUCUGUUGAACAUGGGGCAUGAAAUCAUGGUUAGUUGGACAGAAUCGCCAGGCGUUCUUCUUCUAAAUGGCAAGAUCUUUCAUCUCAGGCAGUGCCAUUGGCACACACCUUCUGAGCAUGAACUCUUCGGCAUAAGGUACCCUUUGGAGCUUCACAUAGUUCACACCACUUCAGAAUCAACCCCAAAAAAAGCAGUCAUCGGUGUGUUGUUUGAGUACGGUGGCAAAGCCGAUCCUUUCCUGGGAAAGUUGGGGGGUGCUCUGAAUGAACUGAACGAGCUGAACGUGACUAGUCUUGAUGUUGGAAGCAUAUACCCACCUGUCGUAGGUGACGAAGAAACUUAUUUUAGAUACAAUGGAUCUGUGACAAGUCCUCCUUGCAGUGAGCCUGUUAUUUGGACUGUGAUGAAAGAGGUCAGAAGUGUAACGGAGGAGCAAGUUGAGCUACUAAGGGCUCCAGUGAAUCAUACGGACAAUGCAAGGCCGACACAGCCACUCAACGGACGUAAAGUUUAUUUUUCUGAUCCAUUCUACGAACAGAAAGAGGAAGGCAAUGCGAGCUCUUGAUCCGUGAGGAGGAGAUCGUUUGGACGUACGUUCCUAAUCCGAUCCGCUGUGAUACCAUUAGUGGUUCUAUGUAUCUAAAUAAAAUAAUCCAUUAGUGGUUCUAUAUCCACAUGUUAAAGCGAUAUAUCUAAAUAAAAUAAACCAUUAGUGGUUUUAUUUUAA